ACAGCCUGACCCUAUUUUAGUGUUUUCCCUGAUUGUUGGGCAAAUUCCAUUGUCUUUGUCAUUAUACUAUGCAAACUAGUUUAAUUAAUGGCUUCCUAUAUAUAAACGGACAAGAAAGUUAACUUCUUUAAUAUUAAUCUUUAUAGAAUCAGUCGAAAGCCAAUUCACUUUUUGAUAGAACCCAAGUUCAAGGGGUUUCACAAAACGUGCAAGACUUCAACUUUUCAUUAAAUUUGUCGACCCUUUGUAGUGUUUGAUUCAUUUGAUUUGAUUAGAGGGAAAGGGGUUGAUGAAUCUUGGAGUUUUGUGGUUGAUUUGUUACUUUUGGUUUCGCACAUAAAGUGUUUGAUUGAUUGCUUGAAUGAAAUUUGUAGACCCUGUUUAGUGUUUGGUUGAUUUGAUUAGAGAGGAAGGGGACUGAUCAAAGUUGGAAUUUUGUUGUUUUUGAUUGAUUGGUUGAAUGGAAGUUUGAGGGAAGUUAUGGAUAAGGAGAUGGAUGUACGGAAUCAGAAAAUGGAUGUUCCUGAGACUGUGGUGACUAUUAGAUUGGAUGAAGAUGGGGAAACUGGAAAAUCAAGAAUUGGUGUGGAAGAUGGAGAUUCGGAAGGGAAUGAGGUAAAAGUGAAGGAUUCGAAGAUGGGUGAUGAUUUUUCGGCUGUAAUUGAUGUGAAGUGUGAUGGUGGUGAUGGGAAAUUGGGUGAGGAUUUGGAAGGAGAUGCACAAAGGGUGUGUAGGAUUUGCCAUUUGAGUACAUAUGAAGCUGAAAAGAAUUUGGUGGAUUUGAUUGAGCUUGGUUGUGGAUGUAAAGGAGAGCUUGGAUUUGUACAUUCUCAUUGUGCUGAGGCAUGGUUUAAGCUAAAAGGAAACAGAGUGUGUGAAAUUUGUGGGGAGGUCGCACAAAAUGUUACUGGUGUUAGCAAUAACAGAUUUAUUGAAGAGUGGAAUGAUGCAAGAUCUACUGCAAGUGGUGUUGGUUCAACUGAAACGACUAGAGGUUGCUGGCAUGGACAGCCAUUCUGUAACUUCUUAAUGGCGUGCCUGGUAAUAUCAUUCGUGUUGCCAUGGUUUUUCCGUGUAAAUAUGUUUUGAUGAGGUAAAGAGGGUAUAUAUUUACUUACUUCCUCAUUCAAAUAGCGUAGACGUAAAUAGCAAUGCUAUGUCUUUUCAGUACUUACAGCCACCUUAACUUUUAUCAUAUUUGCAUUGUUUUACUUAAUUUGGACAGAGUUCUUGCUGACUUGAAAAUAUUUCUGAUACUAAAUGAAGAAGGGCCAAUACUGUCAGUUCAAUAUAGCCUUUGGCUGUAUAAAGUUUCAACAUA